GGUGACACCCACAAGCCGUUGGACGAAUGAUCGCGUCGCUUUGCUCCCCCAAAAGUCUCGACCGACCGUUGCUCCCAACCCCGGAGAAUUCCCCAUGGGACCCUCAUAUGAUGCAGCAGACUCUGAACGUGUUGUACGACGUUGGCACGUUGGUUUCUCGAAACGUCUGAUUGCCAUUGUUGUCCCCUUCAUGGGGUUUCUCCGCAUUGCCUCGGCAUUAAAGUGAAAAAAGGUCGGAUUAAUCUGACGUUGGGAUUGGCCUUUCAUAGUUUGGCACUCUCAGGGUUCGCCAAGUCCCUCAGGUCGUCCCACGGUAAUGUCGCCUGGAUCUUAGGUGCUCUCCUGCAAGAGUGUUCAGCAUGGCUCAGACAAAGACUGUGGGCGCUGAAGCGGUGCCGACCGUCAGCCACCACAAUGAUAACAACCCUGGUGAGGCCAUCACGGCCAUGCAGAAUGAGCGUCAAAUGAGCGUGAGAGAUUCGUUUCGCUUCUGGCCGAAAGCGAUUCUCUUCUCGUUCAUCAUUUCUCUGGCCAUCAUCAUGGAGGGCUAUGAUACCAACCUCAUGAGCAACUUCUACGCCUUUCCGGCUUUCAUGAAGCGGUACGGUGACCAAGUCGAUGCCAAUGGUGAUCCUUUGGUCUCGGCUCGCUGGCAAACCAUCAUCAAUAACGGCACCCAGGCUGGCUCAAUCCUUGGCCUCAUCCUCAACGGCAUCAUCACCGAGUGGAUCGGCUACAAGAAGACCAUGAUCGUCGCCAUGGUUGCCAUGAUCGGGGCCGUCUUCAUCCCCUUCUUCUCUAACGGUCUUCCCAUGUUCUUGGCCGGAGCCUUGAUCCAGGGAAUUCCGUGGGGUAUCUUCCAGACUCUUGCCGUCACCUACGCGGCCGAUAUUUGUCCCAUGUCCCUUAGAGGAUACAUGACAUCUUGGGUAAACAUGUGCUGGGUCAUUGGGCAGCUGAUCAGCAGUGGCAUGCUUCGCGGACUUCUACAGAUCGAUAACCAAUGGGGAUAUCGCAUUCCAUUUGCUAUUCAAUGGGUCUGGCCCAUCCCCAUCAUCAUUGGCACGCUCUUCGCUCCAGAAAGUCCGUGGUGGCUCGUCCGCCAAAACCGCCUCGAAGACGCACGCGAAGCAGUCCGCAAGCUGACCUCGCCAAAGAGUGGCAUCAACUUUGACCUCGACGCCCAUAUCGAGAUGAUGCGCGUGACGAACCAGUUCGAGAUCGAGGUCAGCUCAGGCUCUCACUACUGGGACUGCUUCCGUGGCGUCGACCUCCGCCGCACCGAGAUCGCAUGCAUGGUCUGGCUGACGCAAUCCUUCUGCGGUGUGCCGUUCAUGGGCUAUGGCACGCAGUUCAUGAUCAAUGCCGGCCUUAGCUCUAAGAACGGAUUCACGAUGAGUUUGGUACAGAACUGCAUCGGUCUUAUCGGCUGUAUCAUUGCUUGGUACAUCAUGACUCACAUCGGGCGUCGCACUCUGUACCUGGCUGGUUUGUCGGCCAUGUUUGUGAUUCUCGUCAUCAUCGGUGGCAUCGGCAUCCCUCAGGAUGCGGCUGGUUUGCCAGCACGGUCAUGGGCCGUAGGAGCCCUCAUCAUCGUAAUGCUCUUCUCCUUCCAGCUCAGCGUCGGUCCCUCGUGCUACACCCUGGUCGCGGAGAUGCCGUCUACCAGACUCCGCGUCAAGACAGUCGCCUUGUCUCGCGCCUUUUACAACUGCGGAGGCUUCAUUGUCAACGCGCUGCAGCCGAAAAUUGUGGGCAAGAACGAUUGGAACUGGGGAGCGAGAGGCGGCUUCUUCUGGGCCGGCAUCACUGUGCUUUUCCUUACCUGGACUUUCUUCCGUCUUCCGGAGCCAUUUGGUCUCACGUACUCUGAGAUUGAUCUGCUCUUUGAGCAUCGCGUUGGCGCUCGUCACUUCUCGCAAGAGGCGGCUGACUCUUUACGCCCGCAGCUGGAAGAGGUCGCCAACCGUCAUGAGAAGUUAGCUGCUACAGUUAGUCAUCAGGAGGCAUAGCCUGAAAAGUCUCAAUCGAGAGACAUCCGAAAUACCACAUACUCGUAGAGAGCAAAACCAUGAUGUGGUUCGUUAAUCGACAAUGCUUGGGUCUGUUUACCCGUACUUAACAAACUGGAUCUCUCAUUACAAGUCACUUACGUGUAAGACAAUAGAAGCAUCGUUAUAAGAGAUGAUAUCACACCGACUGAGUUGAACUAACAUGUGUUCAUGGAUUGCAGCCAGAUGAAACUUGCGAC